GAUUUCGGGCUGGCCAAGCUGAGCCACAGCAACGACACGCACGUCUCGACGCGCGUCAUGGGCACGUUCGGGUACCUGGCUCCCGAGUACGCCUCCAGCGGCAAGCUAACGGAGAAGUCAGACGUCUUCUCGUACAGCAUCAUGCUGCUCGAGUUGCUCACCGGCCGGCGGCCGGCGGACCGCGCGUCCUACGGCGCGGAGGACUGCCUCAUGGACUGGGCUCGACCGGCCCUCUCGCGCGCCUUGGCGGACGGCGACUAUGACAAGCUCGUCGACGAGCGGUUGGACGGCGACUACAACAAGACGGAAGCUGCGCGCGUCGUCGCCUGCGCCGCCGCCUGCAUUCGCCACGCCGCCAGGAGACGCCCCAAGAUGAGCCAGGUCGUUAAGGCACUGCAGGGGGAAGUCUCGCUGGAGACCCUCAACGACGGGCCGCGGGAUGGCACGCUCAGCUCCGUCGGCUGCAUGCCGGUGUCGGACUAUGGAUGGUCCGGGUCGUCGUCGACCUACACGGUCCAGACGGAGCGGAUCAGGAAGGUGGCGCUGCCCAGCCCGGAGUACAGCACCGAGUAUCCCAGCCCCAGCCCCGGGUUUGACCACCCCUCCCCGCCCAGCAGUCUCGAUACCAACGUCUCCUCCUCGGCGGAGCAUGUGCCGGUCACGAACCACCGGCAUCGAGGUUACCGGCAAGUAUGA